AUGGCCAAAUCCUUGCGUGCUAGUACCCACAUAAAAGCUAAAUCAGUCAAACGUAAGGCUGUUUUCCAACAUGUUGUGAAUGCCAGAGAACAAAGACUAUCAGAGAAGUUAAAAAAUGAUCUAAUAAAACAAAAACUGGAGGAUUUAAAGAAAAAUGAAGGUAUUGAAAUGGAUGCUGCAUCUUUGAUCAAACAAGAAGAAGAAAAGGCUAAAGCAAAAGCUCAAGAACCAGAAAAGACAGUUAGUACUUCAGGUUGGAGAGAAGCUAGUCACCAUAACUAUAAGAAGGCUCAAAUUAGAAAGAAUAAGAAGAAAAAUAAGUUUACUAGAUUCUAA